GAUUUGUGCAGAAAAUAAGAGAAUUGAAACCAAAUAUAUGUUUCCUUUUCUUAAUCUUAAAAAUCUGAAGAGUGUGAAUCUAUGAAUUAGUAGUGUCUGGUUUUUUCUUUUUCUGUCCCUUCUAUUUGCUUCCUUUCAUGCAUUUUGUUCUUUGUUCACCUUUGCAAUUGCAUGCAAUCACUUCCAUCAGAGUCCCAAACAGCACAGUCCAACCUUUUCCAUCAUGCUAAGAUCGUUAGAUUAAAAAAAAAGGGUAAGUAGAUUCUUCACCUUAUGUCUGCAUUGCAUUUUAGUGUUUUAAAAUAAUAAUUUAUGGUUCUGUGGUGAAAUUCAUGACAUGGGUCUUGGAGGUUUCACAUUCAGUUCACAUUUCCUUUGAGAAGGUUCAGUUUUUUCCUAUUUUAUCUUCAAAUUCUGUGACUCACUGUGAGACGGGUCUUGGGUUUGAAAUUUUGAAUGAUUCUGGUCUUGAAGGAAUGAAAUGCAAGAGGGGAAAAGAAGGAAAUUUGAACAUUAUGAGGAGAAUUAGAAUAAUUUAUAGUGACCCAUAUGCAACAGAUUGUUCAAGCGAAGAAGAUGACAAUUUUUUGAGCAAUGACUAUGAACAACAUGGUCCUAAGAGAUUCAUCAGAGAAAUCUUGGUUCCAUGCAUGCCAACCAAAUCGUAUAAAGUGGAUGAUGAUGAUUCUUUACAACAAGGUAUCAGCAUUGACAAAAUCAAACCAUGUCUUAACCUUUUGCGAAACCAUAGAAGCCGGAGAUCAUCCAGCAAGUACAGAGGUGUUCAAAGAAGGAAAUGGGGGAAGUAUGUGGCAGAAAUCCGAGACCCCAUCCGAGGCGUGCGAGUGUGGCUUGGUACUUUCAAUACGGAGGAAGAAGCUGCCAUGGCUUAUGAGAAGAAGAGAAUUGAAUUUGUGAACUCAUUGCUUGCUUUGAGGAGAAUGAUUGGUGUAUUGGACUUAGAAGAUGGCAAUCAAGUGUUGUCUCAUCCAUCCCCAGCAUCCGUGCUUGAUGUCGCGGUGACAAGAGCAUCAUCUGAUAAUGAUAGCAAUGGUCCAGCUGUUGAAGGAAAGGACAAUGUGGAAACAAGUGCUCUUGAAGGUGUAAUGGAACCGGUUCAUGUGGAAGAUCAUCAUUCAUUUCAGCAUUUGCUUGAGGAGUCAACUGUGCAAUCACCGGUUGGGUAUGAAGUUGAUAGUUUCUUGGUCAAUGACAAUGGUGGCUGUGCUAUGUGGGAUGUGAAAGAUGGUGAAGGUAGCAGCACUCUUCCACAUAUUGAAACUGCUUUUGAUGAUUCAGAGUUGACUUGGUUUGAUGAAACUCUGAAUUUGUAAUAUCUUUACAAACUUUGCUGUUAUAAGAAUUAAACUGGGAGCGGGAGCUAAAGUUGCAGAGAGUAUCUCAGUACAUAUAGGCAAAACAAAAUUUAGGCAUAUCUUUAUAUUGUUGAGGCUUUGUUUAUCAUUAAUAACGAAGUUCUUGGUUUUUUUCUUGUGUGCCCUUGCUAGACCUGUACAAGAUUCAAGCUCUCAAUU